AAAUAACUGAUAAAAUUGCAUUUUCCCAGAAUAUUAGCAAAUGCCAGCGGAGUACUCGUGUGAUGAGAAGCGCCGGAGGAUGUCCAGCUCAGGUUCAUCAUCAAAGUGCGCGAUUAAGCCUAAACAAGCGGGAGUAGCACCCUCACUGUUGCACUCUGGUAGUACCUUUAGGGGCCAGCAGCGGAGUCAGGGCAGCUGCUACCAAGUUGACGUUGUCUUGCAGCACGUCGAUGAAGAGAACGAUUUUCUGUGUGGAUAUCUGAAAAUAUACAAUUUGACAAAGGAAUAUCCCACUCUGACGACUUACUUCGAGGGUGAAAUUAUCGGCAAGAAGCACCCAUUUCUUACUCGUAAAUGGGAGGCUAAGUUAGAUGUGGAUCAAGAACAUUGGUCGAAGUUCCCAUCGUUUACUCAGUUUGCGGACUCCUUCAACAGUGACGAGUUCGAGUAUGACCGUGUCACUGACUCAGACUUCGUUUACAUGCGCUGGAAGGAGCAUUUCCUAGUGCCCGACCACAAGAUUACCUACAUCCACGGUGCUAGCUUUGAGGGAUUUUACUACAUUUGUUUCCAGAAGUCAACUGCAAGGAUAGACGGUUACUAUUACCACAAACAGUCGGAAAUGUUUCAGUCGUUGACUCUGCACCAUGUAGCCCAGAACAAUUACCCGGUAUUUGAGUUCAGGUAGGAAUUACUGCGGAGGAGUCUCACAUACCUCCUAACGCGUGAUUGGGUGGUUUCAAACGUGCAGUGAAUUGAUAGGGGUGGUAUUCCGAAGUAUUUCAAGAUUAUCCUGGCCCACUGCAGACUGCUCCGUUAGUAUUAUCAGCACAAUAAUUUUGAUAAAUUUUGACUGAAUUAUACGUAGGGUACAGCUGGCAUGCAAUCUUUAUGGUGUAGAGAUGGAAUUAGUGUAAAGGAUGAGAUUAUAAUAUUGGUAUAGGAUGGUUAUCUUUGAUUAAUGAUAUAUGGAAUGAAUGCUCUGUCUGGAAGGGUGUUUCAUGGCUAGGCUGAUGAUAAGAGAGGAUUUUAUUUCGACAUUUUAAACAUGCUUGAUGAGUUAUAAUAUCUAUUUUGGAAGAUUUUUGAAUUGUAUUUUGUUUGUACACAAUGAUAUUGAAUUUCUCAUUCGUUUUUUUUUCAAGUUA